UGUGACAGUUAUCUGGUAAAGGAAACUUGAGUUAAAGUCACGUCUUCUGGCUUUAAAACAACAACACUUUAGCGCGAGGAGCUAACGAUUACUUUUCCUUCUCCAUCAGUUUCGGUUGAGUUCGGCUGAAAGUGCGGGUUCACUUUAGGUGACAACCUGUGGGUCGAGUGCAGGUGAGCUGCCUGCGGUCUGUUGACUUGAACAUGGUUCACAAGCACAAAGAGGCCGAAUCUGAGCCUCGGAUCUACGGUUAUACCAGAGCAGCAUCCGCAGCGCUGACCCACUUCAUCUGCGUGGUCUUCACUGUGUUCAUUGCGGUCCUGUCUCGCCCGGGUUCAAGUUUGUUUUCCUGGCACCCUUUCUUUAUGACACUAGCGUUCUCCUUCUUCAUGACAGAAGCCAUACUCCUCUUCUCCCCACACGGCUCCCCCGUCAGGAGGCUUCCGCACAAGACCAAAGGUCGCGUUCACUGGGUCCUGCAGUGCCUCUGCCUGUCCUGUGCAGUGCUGGGAGUGGCAGCCAUCUCCUACAACAAACACCUGAACGGUAAAGCCCACUUCACCUCGUGGCACGGUCUGCUGGGCCUGCUCACGCUGUGUGCGGUGGGGUUGCAGUCUUUGGCAGCCGUGCCUCUCAUCUACCACUCUCUGGCCAAAGGCUGGUCCCUGGCCAAACUCAAACGCUACCAUGCGGCGUCCGGACUGGUCACCUACCUGCUCGGCAGUGCCAGCCUGCUGCUCGGCCUCAGCUCUGCCUGGUUCACUGCGUCGGUCAGGGAUUACACCUGGUACCUGUGGGCCCUCUGCCCCGCUCUCGCUGCCCUUGUCAUGAUGAACCAAGUCACCAGCGCUUACAUGGCGAAGAAACGGUUGCAGUCUUGACAGAGGACACAAUAUCAACACUUUAACAAAACACCCUUCUUAUGCAAGGUUUGCCUACGAGAUUGACAUUUUUAGUCACGUGCAAUCAGUUUAAUUUGCAUACGAGUGAAAAAGGGGCUGAUUUCUGCAGCUGGACAGGACUGGACUGUAGUUAACAUUGAGGACACUGAGGUCAUGUCUCCUGUAUUUUUUUAUUUUUUCAAUUUCAAAUUCAUUUCAAUUACACACAUAUUUAACAUGUCGGAUAGACAUUUUUAGGAAUAAAUUAUUUCAUUUGCGUCUUAACAGUGUGCAGACUUUUCACCUUUGUGUCUGCAGUAUUUUUUGUUAUAUUCGUGCCUGGAUGAACACACACUUGGUGCCUUUUCUGAUACUGUAAACAUUGUACCUACUAAACAUCAGCAAUGUUAGCAUGCUAGUGUUAGCAUUUAGCAAAGCAUUGUUGCGCCUAAGUGCAGCCUCACAGAGCUGCUAGGCUAGCUGUGUUUUAGGCUAAACUGCUAAAAAUGUGACUGAUUUUAGGCAGAAACGAACAAACAAUCAAUUAAUAUUCUCUUCCAAGAUCACAAACUGUCCUCCUAAAAUCCGGGCUACAUCCCUGAAUAUAUGAAUUUUUGUAUCUCAGGUUGGUUAUUAUCGUUCUUUUUGGCUAUUUAUGCUGUUUUUGAUUACUUAUUUAGCCACGUG